AUGCGGGACCCAACGGUGGCCAUCUCAGCAUCCGUGUUGCUGCUGCUGCUGGUGGCUGUGCAGGCAGCCCCAAAGGUGACCCCGGUGGUGAUGCUCACCAAGCCAAAGCCACUCCAGCUGCCAGAUACCACCGCGCCCUCCUUCACCCCCAGUGCCAUGAAAAGCCCCGUCCCUGCAGCCCCAGGCAGAGCCCAGCUGCCCUCCUCCAGCCCUGCAUUGCAAGUGGCCACCACACUCUUCCCAUUCGAGAAUGACACACUGGAUGCUGCCGACUUCUUCUUCAACUGCUGUGACUGCUGUCCCCCAGCCGCUGCGCCCCGGGGGCUGCCAGGGGAGCCCGGCCCUCCAGGACCUAAGGGGGAGAAGGGAGAUGUCGGUCUGCAAGGUCUUCCAGGAGCUCCGGGACCUCAGGGUCCAAAAGGUUUUAAAGGAGAAAGAGGAGGCAAAGGGGAGCAAGGUGAGCGAGGAGCAAGUGGGAGCCCUGGUUAUCCAGGCAAGCCUGGGCUGCAAGGUGAAGCUGGAGUAAAAGGCAAUAAGGGCAACUACGGCUUCCCUGGGCUGAAGGGACAAAAGGGAUCCAAAGGGGACACCUGUGAGAAUGGCACCAAAGGGGACAAGGGAGACAGAGGGGAUGUUGGAGACCCAGGGGUGGAUGGCGAACAGGGUGACAAAGGGGAAAAGGGGGACACUGGGGACAAAGGGUAUUGCGGGGAGCCGGGGGGGAGAGGUCCAAAGGGGGAAAGAGGGGAAGGUGGGACAAAGGGAGAAAAAGGCAGCAAAGGAGAGAUGGGGGAUGAGGGCAUUCAGGGGGCUGAGGGAAAGCAGGGGGAAAAGGGUGAGCAAGGAAGUAAGGGUGACAAAGGGGAUCUGGGCCCAGCUGGUGUGACGGGACCGUCUGGGCCCAAGGGGGUGGCAGGCAGCAAGGGGGGGCGAGGGGCACCGGGGAGGAAAGGAGCCCGUGGGGCCAAGGGUGCCCGUGGGGAUGCUGCCAAGCUCCUGAGAUCGGCCUUCAGCGCGGGGCUGUCCAAGCCCUUCCCUCCACCCAACGUCCCCAUUCGAUUCGACAAGAUUUUGUACAACGACCAGGACGACUACAACCCUGUCACUGGGAAAUUCAACUGCAGCGUGCCCGGGGCCUACGUCUUUGCCUACCACCUGACGGUGAGAGGGCGACCGGCCCGUGUCAGCCUGGUGGCCCGCAGCAGGAAGGUGGCCAAGGUCCGUGAGACGCUUUAUGGGCAGGAGAUCGACCAGGCCUCCUUUCUGACCAUUCUCAAGCUGAGUGCGGGUGACCAGGUGUGGCUGGAGGUAGCAAAGGACUGGAAUGGGGUCUACGUCAGCUCUGAGGAUGACAGCAUCUUCACAGGGUUUCUUCUGUACCCAGAUGUUUUUGAGGUCCUGCUAUAGAUACAAAGGAUAAAGCUAUUAGUGAGGAAUGUCCCUUUCUCUCCACCCUUGAGAUACAAGCAUUGGCUUGUCAAUGCGGUGGUGUAUUGUUGUAAUUCCUAGGUUUUGUGAUCUUAUAACAAAGAUAUACUUGUCAAACAGUGAUUCAUUUUAACUAGAGGCCCCAAGAAGCAGCACAUCCUUUGUGCAGGUGGUGACAGCUGAGAGAAAGUGUUGCCCAAGCACCAGCAGGACUAACACAGAACCCAAAGGGCUUUGCAUCAUGGACUUGAUGCUUGUGAUCAUCAUCAAAUUACAUGAUGAAGCUCAUUAUCCAAUUGAAAUUUUAAUAAAGCCAGCUCCAGCAAUCCUUGCAAGUUCAAAACUCCUCUGGACAUCAGUACUGGUAACCACUGGAAGGUCGUGGAUGUGCUAAAGGCUGUAGAGUUUGAUCCAUAGAGCCAAAUCCAAAACAAACAUGAGCACUGAGUUUCUUCAAAUCACGUGUAAAGAUGUAACGGUAUUAUAUCCAUGAAUCAGUAUUAUGUAGUACUUUAGACUUGGUUGUGAAUGAUAUAAAAGUUUAUCUAGGAGA